UCUACGCGCAUGACGACGCACGCACGGCGUCGGUGCGUGGGCGCACAGAGGUUCCGCCUGGCGGGAGUCCCAGUGGAGCUUGCUGGUACGGGCCGGAGUGGGUGUAGUGCGAGGGCCCCGGGGCUGCUAGGGCCGGGGAGCGAGGGACGGCUGUGCCUACUGCGCGGGGUCCUCCCUGGCGCCCGGCCUUGGGCCGCGGCGAGCGCGCGGGCCGCCAUGUCGUACAUGCUCCCGCACCUGCACAACGGCUGGCAGGUGGACCAGGCCAUCCUCUCGGAGGAGGACCGCGUGGUCGUCAUCCGCUUCGGUCACGACUGGGACCCCACGUGCAUGAAGAUGGACGAGGUCCUGUACAGCAUCGCCGAGAAGGCUGGAGUACAAUGGCGCGAUCUUGGCUCACCACAACCUCCGCCUCCUGGGUUCAAGCAGUUCUCCUGCCUCAGCCUCUCGAGUAGCUGGGACUACAGGUUAAAAAUUUUGCAGUUAUUUAUCUUGUGGAUAUUACGGAAGUACCUGACUUCAACAAAAUGUAUGAGUUAUACGAUCCAUGUACUGUCAUGUUUUUCUUCAGGAACAAGCACAUCAUGAUCGACCUGGGGACAGGCAACAACAACAAGAUUAACUGGGCCAUGGAGGACAAGCAGGAGAUGGUUGACAUCAUCGAGACGGUGUACCGCGGGGCCCGCAAAGGCCGCGGCCUGGUGGUGUCCCCCAAGGACUACUCCACGAAGUACCGAUACUGAGGCACCCUCGGUCUGCGUGGUCAGUGUUGUGCAGCCUUUUUUGUGAGGAAAUGUUUUAAGUUAUUUAAAGCCUUUGGAGCUCCAGGGCUGGAGGACCUCUGAGAUGGAAUUGAUUCCAGGCCUUAACUAACUGAAAUAAACAAGCACGUCCUA